AUGACGAAUGACAUCCAGAAAAUCAAGAAAGACCUCGUUUCAAAUGACGUUGUGGUAUUUGUUGGUCCUGAUAUAUCAGUUUACACAGCAAAUGGUGAUACAACAGUUUCUUAUUGGAAAGGAUUAUUAAAUAAUGGACUUAACCAAUGUUAUCGUUCGACAGGUAGCGAUGAGGAAAAUUUUGCAGAGUCCAUUAAGAAGCUAGACACUAGCGUGGAAGUUAAUGAUUAUGUAUUUUUUGCCGAUCGCAUUAAGUAUUGUUUUGGAGAACAAACUGAUACCUACGAAGCUUGGUUAACAGACACUAUAGGACAACUACAUCCGCAAAAACCCGAAUUAAUCAAAGCGAUAGGCAAAUUAGGAUGUCCAAUUUUAACAACAAACUAUGAUUCACUUCUAGAAGAUAUACUCAGCAAAGAAACAUUAACAUGGAAUAAAUUUCAAAGUAAUAAUUCAUUGACAAAUAUGAUAAAUUAUAUUCUGCAUGUGUAUGGACAUUAUCAGAGUUCAAAUACUGUGAUUUUUAGUAGUAAUGAUUAUCAUCGAAUUCAUGAAGAUGAAUUGGCUUGUUCUAAACUACGAACACUUGUUGAAGGUAAAACUUUACUAUUCGUUGGAUAUGGAAUGGGUAUGCCGGAUCCGAGUUUCUCUCAACUCUUAAAAUGGAUAUUCAGUAUUACAAGUAACAACCCACCAACAAUUUACAAACUUAUUCAAUCAAAUGUUCGAUGUUCAUUAUUAGAAAAUAUCAAAGAAGUUUCUUAUGGAAAUACUUUCGAAGAUUUAUUCUUCUUUCUACAAAGUCUUUCAUCAUUCUCUACAUUAAUACACCAAAAUUUAUCUUUUACAGAACGACGAGAGAAUGUUCGUCGAAAAUAUUUAAAUUAUUUAAUCAAUGAAUAUGGACAUGUCUCAAUUUUUGGAUAUUCAAAUAAUGAUAUUUCUUUACCAUUAGAAAGUGUUUAUGUUGAAUUAAAAUUUGAUCCAACACAUCCAUCGAUUAAAGCAAUGAAAACAAUUGAUAUGUAUGAAGAAUUUAAACGAAAAGUUUUAUCUUAUGGAUUUUUCGAUGAUAAUGAAAAACAAAAAUUAAUUCAAGCAAUUAUUAAAAGAAGUACUUAUAAUCCUGAAGGAAUUUAUCGAGAUUUAAUGAUUGAUCAAUGGUUAAAUGUUUUAUUAAGUAACAAAGAAUUUUUUUCUGAAAAUGAAGCAAAUUCUAUUAGGAAUAAAAUAUCUCAAUUGAAACAAAAUAUUUUGAAGAAAAAUAAUUUUCAAGAAUCAAAACAAUAUCAAAUUCAACAAGCAUAUAAUGAAUUUAAACAUUUCAUUAUCUUAGGUCAUCCUGGAUCAGGAAAAACAACUAUAUCCAAAUGGUUAGUAAUGAAUAUGGCUCAACAAUGUUUAGGAAAGAAAAAUAUGUUGUUUAAUACGAGAGAAAAAAUUCCAAUUCUUAUUCCAAUAUGGAAAUAUGUUAAUCAAAUAAAAGAUAAUCCUUAUGGACAAAAAUUAACUUUACUUCAAUUUAUACAUGAUAAUGCAACACUUAAUUCAUUAUUAUUUACCAAUGAAGAAAAACAAGAUUUAUCAUCAUUAAUUAUUGAAUUAUUAUUACAUGGAAAUGUUUUGAUUAUUUUUGAAGGAUUAGAUGAAGUUCCUGCUCAUGUUGAUCGAACUGAUUUAUUAAAAGAUAUUAAUGCAUUAUUAGAACGAGGAAUUGAUUAUGAUUCAAAAUCGAAUAAACUUACACAUUCCAUCUAUGAACAAAAAGAAAUUAAUAAUACAAAAGAUCCAACAAUGGGUAAUCGAUUUAUAAUAACUAGUCGAAUCGAAGGAAAUUAUUUUGAAGAUAUCAAUUUUUAUAUUCCAAGAUUAACAAUUCAAGAUAUGUCGAAUGAAUCUCUAAAAUUAUUUUGUAAUUCUUAUACUGAAUGUAUUAAUAAGAUUGGUAUACAAACCGGAAAAUGUAUGAAUGCAUGUAAAACUAAUCAAUUAUAUAAUGAUAUAACAGAAAAUAAAGAUAUAUUUCAAUUAGCAAUAAAUCCACAAUUAGCAAGUGUUAUUGCAGCUGUUUAUAAUCAAUAUGACGAUAAAUUACCUGAGAAAAGAAUUGAUUUAUAUGAAAAAGCAAUCGAAAAAAUGAUUGAACGAUUAGUUACAUCUUCUGUAAAUGACGAUCUUCAAUUGAAUGCAAUAAUAUUAUGGUCAAUAUUACAAAAAAUAGCUGAAUAUCUUCAUAAUAUAGUUGAAGGAUUAUCAGAAAAUAACCUAAGAGAAAUUAUUAGGAAAUGUUUAAUUGAUUAUCAACAAGAAUUAUCGAAUGAUAUUGAUGAUUUAAUUUCAAAACUUGUAGAUAUUUUUAAAUAUAAAGUUGGUUUAUUAAAUGAAUUUGGUCAUAAUAGUUUUCGAUUUAUUCAUCGAACAUUUCAAGAAUAUCUUGCAGCGAAAAGUAUUAUUUAUUUCAAUGGAAUCGAACGAUCUAUCGAUGAAAUUUAUGAAAAUAUCAAAAAUAAAAUUGAUAUUCCUAAUUGGAGAGUUCCUCUCAGUAUGACAUUUGGAAUCUUAAGUAAAUUACAUGAAAAUAAUGAUUUAUUUCAUCAGAUUCUAGAAAGAUUAUUAACGAAUGAAUCAAUAUCAUCAUCCUCUACUCUUGUCGUACCAUUUGUUAUUAUUGAUUCCUUGAAUGAUAUGUAUUUUCCAUUCGAAAAAGCAGAACAUAAACUGAUGUGUAAAUUGGCUGAUAUGUUAUUAAACGAUUAUAAGAAUCUGUUAAGUUUUUCAAGAUUAAAAGAACACCAGAAAUUAAUUCAUUCAUAUUUCUUCAAAUUAAAACAAAAAUCUACUUUAACAAUGAUUUCAUGGUUCAUUGAAAAAAUGAAUGAUGAAACGAAUAUUGCACCAUGUGCGAAUAUUAUUUAUCAACUUAAAUGGUAUUCUCCGAAAUUUCAUGAUAUAUUUUUGAGAAAUUUACAUAAUGAUUCACAAUUUUGGGAUUGGCCAAUAGAUUCACUCUUACGAUUUUAUUCAACCGAGAUAAAAGAUCAAUCAGUACUCACACAAUUGCAAUUUAAAAAAGCAAUUAUAGAAAAUUCUAAAUUAAUUGAAUAUAUUACAAAGAAUAAUGAUUGGUUAUGUUUAAUUACGGCACUUUAUGGUGGAUAUAAAAAUUAUAAUACUCAAGCAACAGUCUCUGAGUAUAAUGAAUUAGCUCAGUUUCUUGCUUUAAGUGAAAACCAAAGAGCGCCAUUUACCUUUUAUUAUCAAAAUGUAUGGGGAAUGGAUGAUCCUAUUUAUAAUAUGGCUGUACGUGCUGAUGCAAUAGGAAAAAGAAAAUUUUGGAAUGAAAAACCAGGAUUUGACGAGAAUGAAAUUUACAAGGAAUCAUUUUUGACAAGAAAAAUUCUUGAAUUCCUUUCCGAAGAAAGAUCAGCGAGAGGACUAAAAGAAGAAUUACAAAAACAACUUAAUAGUAAAAAAUUAUGUAUCAAUGAACAAAUUGAAAUAUUCAUUGCAUUGGUUGCAUUAGGAGACUUCGAUUUUGCAAGUAUUAUUAUGGAAGAAAAUAAUGGACUAUUGACAAAAUACUUCGGCAAUAGACUGGAACAAUUGAUAUAUAUUUUAAAAGAUCCAAUAGCAAGAUAUUUCUCAUACACAGAGGAAUAUCUACUUACAAUUUAUAAUAAUAUGAAAAUAAAACCCUUGCCAUACGGUCUUAACUUUUGUGAUUAUUCUAAAAUAUAUUUAUCGUUAAUUGUCAAUAGUGGUGGAUUGCCAGUUGAUACACAUACAUUAGCUGAAACUACAAAUAAUAUGGAAAAUAAAUGUGCUCUUUAUGCGGAAUAUUUUGCCUAUAAAUUAACCAGUAGUUCCGUUGGGGAUAUACAAUAUACUGUUGCUGUAUUAUUGGAUACAUGCAUUGAAUCUAUGAAAAGUGAUUUAAUCAUAAAAUCGUUUUUAAAAAUUAAUGAUACAGUCCAGAUUUACAAACCAGUUCGCGCAUAUCCAUGGGCUUUAGAUAUGUUUACUUUCAAAUCAUUUCCAGACGAUGACAUACCUAUAGGAUUCUUUAAUUGUUUAGAAAACAUUCAUACAAAUAUAGCAUUCGUAAUACAAGCUAUUUGUAACGUUUUUCUCAAAGAAGAAUAUUUCAAUAAAAAUCCUGAAUUAAUUCCAUUGGUUAUAUUAUUAAUCUUUGGAAUUCAAUCAAAAGACUUGAAUAAAGAAGCCAUCUAUGUUGCAUUACUACCUGAAUUAACUGAAACGAUAAAUAUUAAAGAAUGUUUAUACAAUAAAAUUCAAUUAAUGCGUAAUCCUUAUUACAAAUCAAGAGCAUUAUAUCAAUUAGCUCAAUUCGAUGAUGAAAACAGUAAUGAACUUCUAACACAAUCUUUUCAAUUAACAAAGCUCAUUCAAGAACCAGUAUUAAAAUUUCAAGUUUUAGAAAAGAUUUACUAUGCUCUUCAUUAUAAACAAGUAAAUCCAAAAUUAUUUAUUCAACAAAUUAUCGACGAAUUAAUUUUGACAUCUGAAAAGAUUGAAGAUCGUUAUGAUCGAGUGAUUGCAUUAACAAGAUUAUCAUUUUAUGGCUCAGGUGAAUUUCGUAAAAAGUAUUUGGCAAAUACACUCGAAAUAUUGAUACAGAUGGAUGAAAAUCAUGAGAAUAUAAAAUUAAUUAUUAAAUUAAAACCAUUAAUUUCGAUUUAUGAUGAUCUUCAAAAUGAAUUAAAGACAAUUAUACAAAAUUUCAAAAAUAAAACACAUAAUGAUUUUGUUAAUUCAUACUACGGAAGAAUAUUAUUUAAUCAAAAAGUACAAGAUGAUAUCGAACACACAGAAUUCCAUGCUCUAUUUCGACUCUUUGCGCAAUUAAAUGAUAUCAAACUGGUAUUAGAUAAAGAUGAUAGUUUACAUAAGUUAUGGAUUAAUUUUUAUAAAGAUAUCAAUAAUCAAUCGAAUAUUGAAAAAAUAUUAAACGUUGGUUUAAAUAAUGAACUAUUUCUAACACCACAAGCAGCAAUUAUUAUCGAUGAAUUAAUACAACAAGGACAAGAAGAAAUAAUUUCAGUUCUAUUUCCAUAUAUUAUUAAACCAUCGAAUGAAGUUUUACCAAUUGUUCAACGAUGGUUUACUGAUUGUCAGCAUAAUGAAAUUAAAAAAUUAGCUGCUCUGUUACUUGUAGAAAGCAAAUAUAUUUUUGAAUCAGCAAUGGAUACAAUCGUUGAUUUAAUAAAAACUGAUAAUGAUCAAAUGAGAUAUCGUGCUCAACGAAUUUUUCAACAUCCUGAACGAGAUCCUAAGGAACCUAGUAAGAGAAUAUCCAUCAUAGGUGAAAAAACAUUGAUGAAAAUCCUUCAGACUGCAUUGAUGGGGGAACAUCUUCCGAGAGUUCAAACAUAUUUGCGCCAUUUCUUCUUUGAUUUGCUGUGGGAUGAUCCCAAAAUAAUUGAAAAAGUAAUACAAUUGAAGCAGAAAAAUCUUGGUGAUAGAAGAAUAUGGUUUCUUUAUCCAAUCAAAUUUAUCAAUGAGCAGACAUGGAAUUCGAUAAUACAGUUAUCGUCGCAUUCAUUCUGUGCAGAAGAGUUACUUCAUUCCGUAAUGGAUUUAACAAUAGAUGGUCAAAUAACCGCAGAAAAUUGGAUGGAAUUUCGAAGAAUAUUGUCAGUGACUGAUACAAGUCAAUUCAUAGAAAAGUUAUAUUUUUCUGGAACAGAAUUGGAAACAAUCGCUUUUAUUAUUAAUGAAAUUUGUGUAUCAACAAAUGUGAAUGAUGAAAUGUAUUUUGCUAGUCUUGAAUCAAAAUUAAUCAGUGAAAUGACUAUCAGAAUUGAAGAUCUUUAUCACAAUAACUAUGACCAGAUUAAACAUAUAGGUUCUUGCAAUUUUCGUGUAUUAGUGAACGAUCUCAAUCAAAGUAUAUUAGACAUAAUAAACGAUAUUCCAAUUACUAUUAUAAUACUGGAAAGUUUAAUUCAAUGGUUAAUACAAAAAAUGAUUAAUUUGAAAGAAUCGAAUAAUUCAAUAUAUUCCUUGAUGAUGUCUAAUAAUUUAUUAUCUUUAGUUGCAGCUUGUGUUCAAAAAGAAGAUUAUCUCUAUCGAAAAAUAACAAAUUCUCAAAAAUUUGAUAAAAUUCAAAUGAUUAAACUCUUAGAGUAUAUGAUUAAUCAUCAUCCAUAUUUUCCAUCAAGAGGAAGUGCAUUUAUUUUACUUGCUGCAAUGGAUUUACCCGAUCAUAAAAUAAUUAUCAAUGCUUUAAACUCAUUAUUUGAUGAAAAUAUUGUCAAGCAAUAUACUUCUAUUGGAAUUCCAUACAUUCAUCUACCACCAAAUGAAUUAGUUGAUGAUUUAUUAAAAUCUUUAACAGAUAAUAGUGCUAUUAAAGUUUAUGAAACAUUAAAAAUCAUCACAGAAUUUACUUUAGAUGAAAAAAUUAAUGCGAAUACAAAAUCAAAGAUUAUUCAUUAUUUAGCAAACGAAAUUGGACAAUUUAAAUCCAAGAAACUUGUCAAUUAUUAUUAUACAGAUAUUAAAAUUCCGUUUACAACAACAUUAGAAAAUGAAUUAUAUAAAACAUGGACAAAAAUACAAGGACUUGCGGGUAAAACACAAUAUACUAGUACAACGGAUCAAUGA